CGGCCGCACAGCCCCGGAGCUGUGGGGCUGCCCCUCGGUGCUGGGCACGGGCCCCGCUCGGAACCCACCGGCCCCGACACCGACCCCUGCAUCGGGCCCUUCCCGGCUCGGGGGCUGCCGCAAGGGAGCUGCAUGGUCUGAAGACGGGAGCUGUGGGGCGCUCUGGGAGCCCCAGCACCACCACUGAGGCAGCAUCAUGUUGGCUCCCAAGAAAGGCCUCCUGUGCAACCUCAACCACAUCCAUCUGCAGCACAUCUCCUUGGGGCUGCACCUCUCCCGGCACCCGGAGCUCCAGGAGACUUCUGGCUCCAUGGGCGGAGGGGACCAGAGCGGCUGCCCCGAGAACUGCGAGCAAGUGGAUGCCAAUUCCAACAAUCCCUCCCUGAAAUGCCGCUGUUGUGAGUCCCAUCCUCAGCAGGCAGUGACGCUGGGGCUCCAGAACCAGACAGCUCAAGAGGAUUUCCCCUGCCUGCAUGCUGGAGAGGAGGUGGCUUCCCCUUGUGAUCUGGCUUCCUCCUCCUCCUCCUCCUCCUCCUCCUCCUCUGUCAGUAGCUGCUCGGAUUUCAGCUUGGAUGACUCCCCAGUCUCCGUGUACUGCAAAGGGUUCCCCAGAGAAGAGCCUCAACCCCUUGAGGAUCCACCCAGCGUCGCUCCCACAGAAGACACCCAGGAUGCGCAGGCCCUUGGUGACGAGGGGGGGACGUGUGAUGGAAGCGAUGCCAACCUCACCCCCCCGGUGCCCCAGAGGCCGGCCUCGCUGAGCGGACGGAGCCCGGACAGCCUCCGCAGCAGCUCCUCCCUCGACUCCCGGUGCGAUGAGACCUCCCCGAGCGUGAGGGAUGGCACCGGCAUCGGCACCGACCUCGACCCCAACUGCAACCCCCUGCCCGAGGCCGACGCUGCCCCCCCGGCACCGCCUGUGCCAGGGAGCAGGGAUCCUGCUCUGAGCCGAGCUCCGGAGCUGCGGCCCCGGCCUGGAAGUGUCCCCCCACCAGUGCCCCCCCGGCCCCGGAGGCGCCUGCAGGUUCUCAAUGGGCGCAGAGCGGAGCAGCCGCCUCUGCCUGUGCGGCCGCUGGAGCUGGAGCCUGGCUCGGGCGAGCUCUGCAGAGAUGUGGGCAAGAAAACCAUCACCUCGUUCCAUGAGCUGGCCCAGAAGAGGAAGAGGAACGGUGCUGGGGCCGCUCCUGCCCAGCCCCGCACUGACCGCAGUGACUGGCUCAUCAUCUUCUCACCGGACACGGAGCUGCCUCCCCCCAACGAGCUCCUCUGCAGCACCAGGGCCCAGGACCCGGCCCGGCCCCAGCUCCGGCCCGAGCCGCCUCCGAGACCCCCCUGCUCCCGGCAGCGAGAGGUGACCACGUUCAAGGAGCUGCGGUACCGAAGCGCUUCCAGCAAGGCCAAGGGGCCGGCGGUGGGCGAGCAUCCCCCUGCGCUCCCGGAGGGGGCCCCGGGCAGCGGCAGCGCAGGGUGGGUGCAGCCGGUGCCGCUGGGGGGGCAGGCGCUGGCUCCCAUGGACGGCCACGACCCGAAGAGGAGGCGGCCGCGGCCGGGACCUCAGCCGGGGGACGCGGAGGAAGCGGAGCCCAGCGCCCUGCCCGCAGGGAAAGGUGCUGCGGGUCGGAGGCUCCGGGGCCCCGGUGGAGCCCAGCGGGAGGCAGGGGCAGAGGAGAGCGGGGCCGGGUCCCGCAGGCACGCCGAGGCCCCACCGGCCGCCGCUGGAGCCGCCGCUGGAGCCGCCGCGGCCCCGGGGCCGCCCGGAGCGGGGAGCACGGAGGGAACCCGCGGGGAGCAGAAGAAAGCCCUGCUCGUCGCCAUCAGCGCCGCCGUGGAUAAAGUCAUUGCCCACUUCAGCUCCGCUCGGAACCUGGUGCAGAAGGCCCAGCUGGGUGACAGCCGGCUCAGCCCCGACGUGGGGUACCUGCUGCUGCACACCCUGUGCCCUGCGCUCUAUGCCUUGGUGGAGGACGGGCUGAAGCCCUUCCAGAAGGAUGUUAUCACUGGCCAGAGGAGGAAUUCCCCUUGGAGUGUGGUGGAAGCCUCCGUGAGGACAGGCCCCGGUGCGCGCUCCUUCCACUCGCUGUGUGGGCAUGUGGCCGGUCUGGCCCCACUCCACAGCACCAGGCAGAAGUUUCAUGCCUUUAUUCUGGGCCUUUUGAACAUUAAGCAGCUGGAGCAGUGGAUUUCUCACCUGCAGAAGAGCCCAGGUGUCAUCUCUGUGCUGUACUCACCCACGGCCUUCUUUGCGCUGAGCCAAGGGCCCCUGCCCUACCUCGCUGAUGAGCUGCUGCUGCUCAUCCAGCCCCUGUCUGUGCUGACCUUCCACCUGGACCUGCUCUUCGAGCACCACCACCUCUCUAUGGACGUGCGGCCCUUGGUCCGCCGGCCGCAGUCACCGCCCGGUGCUGCCCAUGGCUCCGCUGUGGGUCCCGGCUCCGAGGGGGGGCUCUGCAGCUCGGCAGGGGGCAGCCUGGAGGACCAGCGCCCCCCUGAUGCCGUGGGGAGCGCAGGGGGCAGCCCAAGGCUCCAGCCCCACAUUGCGCUGGUCCCUGGUGCCCAGGUCGGGGCCGCCCUGCAGCAGACCCUGCAGCACGUCCUGCGCUGGGGCGGCCGCCUCAGCCGCACGCUGCUGGGCACCGACGGCUCCCCCGAGCCCCGACGGCCGGAGCCAGGCCCGGGGGAUGCUGGGGCUGGUGCCGGGGGGUGGUGGGCGCAGCUGGGCCGGGACUCUAGGCCCUGCUCCGUGCCCAGCAAGGAGAAGCUCCCCUCGGUCUGGUGGACGAAGCUGCGGGCGGCUGCGGCCGAUCCCAGCCCUGACCCGGCCCUGCGGGAGCCCAGCGGAGCUGAGCUGCGGCUGCUGCCGACCAGAGCCGUCCCCGAGCUCCCUGCUCCGCAGCCCGGCAGCAGCAGCGCCGGCACCUCCGGAUCCUCAUCCCCCGAAGCCCUCAUCCUGCCCGUGGGAGCCGGAGCAUCCCCCGGGCCCUGCGGUGCUGACGGCGGCCGUUGGCUGGGCCGGCUCUUUGGGGCCUCCAGCCCCUCCACCAGGACCCCCAGCCCCGAUGCGGCCUCAGCAGGCUCCAGGAGACCUUCGAGGUGGCUGUCACCCGGUGCCCGGGUCCUGGCUGCGGUGGUGAAGGGGCUGGCAGCUGAGAAGAGCCACGCUCAGGAACAGGCAGAGGGGACCGGGUCGGACUCACCCCAGCCCUGCAGAGCGGUCCGAGCGCUGUGCGACCACACGGGCACGGCCGACGGGCACCUGAGCUUCCAGAAAGGGGACAUCCUGCAGCUGCUCUCCACCGUGGAUGAGGACUGGAUCCGCUGCUGCCAUGGGAACAGCACCGGCCUGGUUCCCGUGGGUUACACAUCCCUGAUCCUGUGAGGGACCAGCUCCCACCACCCUCAGAGCAUCCCUCGAGGGGCUCUGCUCGCUCGCAUGCCCUUACCCUGUGCCACGGGCUCACCACAGCUCCAUGAGGGACCUGCUCACGCUCCCCUGUCCCCAGCCCUGCUCCAUGCCCCUGCCAUUGUGUCCCCCCCACUGCUCUGCCCAGGCCCGGCCACACUCUGUCCAUGGCUGUACCCAUGGGAAUGCGCUGAAUCCAGGGGGAAAAGCUGGAAUAAAGGUUGUGACUCACGUG